CAAACGACACUAUAAAAAAAAUUAAGAAAACAAUUAAAUUAUUUAAACAAAGUAAAUAAAAAAAUAUUAAAGAAAAAUCUAUUACAGAAAAUCAUAAAAAAUUGAUCUGUAUAAAAAAAACAUAAGAUUUGGAAAAAGAAGAAACCUAACGGAGUUUGUGUUGUUGGAUUCCUAUUAAUUCCAAUAAAUAAAUGCAGAGUGGUGACGUCAUGUACCGCAGCAACGCAGAAAGUAAUAUGCAAACUGCUGAAACAUUUACAAAUUUAUUAGGCCUUAACAUGAAGUGCUUCCAAGAAAUGUACUUGGAUACAUGUGCUUCUUUAGCGGCUGCCGGUUCAACAACAACAUCACCCAGCAUUUCACCAACCUCAUCAAAUGGUACAUCAGCCACCGGCUCCUUACUGCUUUCACCAGUUUCUAUGUCGCCGCCAAACUCAUCUGCCUGCCAUUCUUCUAAUACCUCUAGUUCCUCACCAACUAGUAGCAGUAUGAGUUUUGAAAAUAUGACAGUUUUGCAACAGCAACAAUUGUUGGCGGCCCAUCAGCAACAUUUAGCAGCUGCUGCAGUUGCGCAACAUCAAUUGGCUAUGGCAGCUGCUGCUGCCGCUGGCAAUAAACAAUUAUCGUCAGCUCUUACUAAUGGUGGCAAUGGAGGUGGUGGUUCUUCCACAUCUAGCCAACAACAACAACAGGAUGAAAUUUCCAAAUCUCUUAAAAUGUUUGCCAUGCUAACAGCCUAUUCUAAUGAAACAUCUACCAUUACACCGCAGCAGCAACAACAACAACUGCCCACACAUUCUCCAGUGGAUGCUGUAAUGCAAGAUUUUGCUUGUAAUGGUUAUAUUUCUGAUGAAUUAAAUCGCUAUCAGUUAGGUAUGCACUUAACCAAUAAUACCUCAUCUGCUACAGCUGCUGGCUCUUCUACCAAUCUACACAAUUCCACUUCCAAUGGGCAACAUCAGGUCAACACAGGAAUUGGUAGUUCAAAUGCAGCAGCAGCGGCUGCUGUUGCUGCUGCUGCAACAUUAAAUCAACAACAAUUACAACAGCAGUUGCAGCAACAUAAUCUUAAUAUAAAUUUCAAUAAUAACUUUUGGAAAAUGUUGCCCAGUCAUAUGCAGCAACAUUCAAAUGCGGUUUCAGCAGCUGCUGCUGCCGCCGCAGCGGCCACAGCUGCAGCAGCCGUUAACAUUGAUUACAAUUGUAAUCAAAAGAAGUUGUCAAAACGUUAUGGCAACAAAAAUGAAAAAUAUUCUUCGGCGAAACAUUGUGUUUUCUGUGAAAAUAAUAAUGAACCCGAAGCCGUUGUUAAGUCUCAUGCCGUGCGUGAUUCUUUAGGCAGAGUACUUUGCCCAAAAUUAAGAACCUACAUAUGUCCAAUUUGCAAAGCAUCUGGUGAUAUGGCACAUACUGUCAAGUAUUGCCCACAAAAACCCAUUAUAACAAUGGAAGAUGCCAUUAAAGCGGAAUCGUUCCGUUUAGCCAAGGACACUUACUACAAACAACAGAUGAAAGUUUAAAAAUGAAAUCAAAUCGUUUUGAUUUUAUUAUCGUUUUGCUUUUGUGUUUAUGUGCAAAAAAAUUAAUAUCAAGUUAAAUUUGAUAUUUAUUCGCAUAGAAAAAAACACCUGCAAAUUUAUUUUAUUUACAAAAAAAUUAAAAAAAAAUGAAACCUGAAUUUAAAUUUUAA